UUCAGCUUGAUUUGAUUGUCGCACCAAACGUACACAAAAACUUCAAGAGAGUCAAAUUUCAUUUGUUAGAUCCGUGGAGAAGGCAUAUUUUUAAUCCUUUGAAAAUUUAUUGUUUUAAAUAAGUGGUAAUCAUGAACGACUUUGAGCUAAGCUAUCGUGAAGUGAUUCCAGACCAAACAAAUGCACAAAUUCGAAAGGACAUCACAAUAAACACCGGCGCCGCACAGAGCACACUUCAAGACAUAAAGGUCAUUGAAAAGGCGGGUGGAUAUUGUUACAGCGAUUUGUCGCACGAAUCAAAGAGAAACAGAUUUAUUUACUGGCGAACAAAUGGCGACGUUUUGGAAUUAUCCGAAAUCAGUUUGGAUUUGAAUUUGACGGACAAUGCCGUUCGAUACAAAUUCACAGACGCUCCGAUUUUGGCAGUUUCAAUUGCCGAAAGCAAUGAUCACAUAAUUGUAUUGGUGGCAACGGUUAGUAGUUUGCAUCAAUUGAAAUUCAGUCAGCCGAGAGAAUUUCAAAAGAUCCACGACGAAACACAAUCAUAUUCAGUGUUCCAUGGUGUUUGCACUGGACAAACAGUACGAGAUGCCAAUACAUCACUAGUCUAUGUCAUUAAUCAAUUGUCUGCAUCGAAUCAACCCAUUCCACAUACGGCGUCUUGUGCCCUCAGCGAAAAUGGUCGUGAAGCAUAUUUUGCAUUGGCUUACCAAAGUAAUAUGAUACUGUAUACAAUGAACUGUCUAAACGGCCAGGUUGGUUUUGUCGAACUGAAAGAAAGCUACAGGAUUUUGACCAAUCUAACGGGAGCAUUCAGGGGCAAAAAUCCAGACAGUCAAUAUGUAACAUCAAUGGUCUUUGGAACGUGUAAAUUUGGAGCGAUUGACGACACCGUCUUCUUAUAUGGGUUGUAUCGCGACGAUCAUAUGAGAAUGUGGUCAGUGAAAACCGGGCAAUGUGUAUCAAUUGUAAAUUGUGUGCCAAAUGCACUGGAGACACGAACACGUGGAUCGCGAAAUAAUUUGCUGAGAAAGGCUGCUCCAGAUAUGCUUUGUGCAUUUUUGUGUAGCGCCAAAGGAUCAGAAUUUGUGACCAUUCGUGUGAGCAGCGAUGGAACAUCGAUUGUCUUGCAACAAAUCAGUGUCAUUCCGUCACCAGAAUUCGAUUUGAUUGAAUUCGAUGUGAAUUACAAGCGUAUUUGGGGUCUUUGGUGUAACUCACAAGGUGAGUACAAUGUGUCAAGCUACUCACUGGUGUCGAAUGGGGAUUACAGUUGGUCAUCGGCAGGGUUGGAAAUUUUGCCAGAACGAAAAAUCGAACCAGGUAGCGAUCCACGGCAAGCAUAUUGCUCUUAUAUUUUCUAUCCAGGACGUUUUCAACGCGAAGUCAUCGAUCGAGCCCUUGUCAUGUUCCGUCGAUCAAAUGUGCUAUCCGAUCCAAAUGUCCCACUCACAGCCCUGAAAGAUCGUGUUUGUUAUGCUGUCGAACAGGAAGUUCAAAAUGAGCUCAAAGAAUUCGAUGUCACUGAUGAUGUGUACAUCGAAACGAGUUUCAAAGCAUGGGAACGCUUCUAUUCAUGUUGUGAACAGUAUCACAUCAAAGCCACUCAACCAAUUGGUCUUGUGAAUUUAGAUUCAAUUGGUGCCGUAACGGUCAUUAAGAAAAAUGCAUUCUCAUUGCUUCGGCCGUGCGAACUUCUCGAGCACUUGAUGUUGCUCGGUGAAAAUGUUGAAUGCCUAACCGGUCUUGGUCUCGAUGAUGAAAACAUUACAGAAGAUCUAAUCAAGCUCAUCACCACAUUGUCCACAUUAGAGCAAAAUAUUUCCGAUGAGUCAAAGGCUGAAAUAGACACAAAACUUUACGAACUCAAUACACCAAAUGAACUUAUUUCACAAUUGCUUUCGGAUUACGAACAUAAUUUCAUCGACCCAGAGCUACGAGAUAGUAUCAAUUCGGAGAUGAAAUUUAUAUCACAAUUGCCAAACGCGAUGACAAUGUUGCUGAAAUUGUUGCAAAUGAACGACGCUGAAACGGAUGACAUGCAAACAUCAUUUCCAAAUAUUUUGCAUACAUCCCGUGGUCUUUUAUCCAUUGGACAUUUGUUCAGAAGUGACACUGGUAUCUCUUUAGUUUCGGAGUCAUUGCAUCAAAUCGCUGUUAUUCGUUACGCAUUGUGCCGAAAUCUGUUGAUUUUACAGCAAAUUCUGAUCGAUUCAAGUGACCUGCCCAUCGACACAUUGGAGUAUAUUCGGUCAGAUUGUAUGCCCGAAACGGUUGUAUUUGUGCAAGCCUACUAUGUAAUGGUCUGGAUUUGUGAAACAUCUGAAACACCACCAACAACUGGAAAUUUGGACGCAAGUAUUCAGAAACUGUCAACGCUGCAACUGUCAGACUGCCGUUACAAGAGCCGUCCAAAUCAUCCAACGACUCUAUUGGAACAAUUUUUGAGGGGAAAAGGUUUGGAGGCCGGCGUUUGGAUGCUAUUACAGGAUCAAUGUCGAGAUAUUAACGAUAUUCAAUGGAAAAAUACACUUUUACCACUGGCUACAAUCGUCGGUCAAUUAUUAUGGGCGGUUGAUGGUAAUUUUAUUUUCGGCGAAUGGUUGAUUGGAAGCUGUCAACACAUUUUAAUCCAAGAAUACGUCCGUUUGCUUAACAGCUGGUGCGAAUGGAAUAAAUAUUCACGUCAUUUUAUCGCUGCUGUUUCUCUGCUCGACGACGGAGAACCAUACAAAGCAUUCGAUUUGUUUAUGCAAUGCGCAAAAGGUGUUCAACAAGAAGCCUUCCUCGUCAAAGUCAUACUACAGUCGGCUGAAGAUUUGACCCAAAGUGAAUCUGUCACACAAUACUACUUGCGAGUUAUCCAAUUGUUCGAACAGUAUUCAUCUCAAGAUUGCGUUAUCUCGUUGGCAAAGGCUGCAAUCGACGAACUUGAUCCGAGCAGUCCACAGUUGGCCAUGUUCCAAUCGAUUGUAUUUGCAAAUCAUUUGAGUUUGGAGCACUACGAAGAAGCAUAUCAUUCAUUGAUUGCAAACACCGAACCAUCACGGCGUAAAGACUGUUUGCGUCAGUUGGUUGUUUGUUUAUUUGAAAAGCAGCGCUUGGAUUUGCUUAUGAAAUUCCCCUAUCUGGGUUUGCAAGAAGAGCUCGAAGCCAUCAUCGAAUCACGUGCACGCUCGAUGGCAAUCGAAAAUAAUAUCUACUAUGAUUUUCUGUACGCUUUCUACAUUUCGAAGUCAACAAUGCGAAAAGCGGCCUCGGUCAUGUAUGAACAGGCCUUAAGAUGUCAGUUGGAAACAAAAACACUUUCCGGUCUUGAGCAUCGGUAUGAAUGUUUAUUGGCAUGUGUGACGGCAUUAAGUUUGGCCGACGAAGACUAUCGUUGGAUUGCGCGGCCAGUUAUUAGCGACGAGAUUCCAGACGAACACGAUGAAAACGAUAUGGAAACCGAUGAAGUGGCAACAAAACAAAAAGUCGUUGUCUGCGAAUUGGCCGAAAUUCGAAAGGAACUUUUAUUAACCGAUGCCAUUAUUACACUUGCCAAACAUCGCAAAGAAUUGAGCACAAUAGUAAAUGCAACGCCCGAUGAUGUGAUUGCGGUUUUAUCAAAUGCCGGCUUAUACACCGAUGCCGUUAAAUUGGCGGUUAAAUUUGAAAAAUCAAUUGCAAACAUUCUGCAAGGUUUGGCAUUCGCGUGUGUUCGAGCCAACGACGAAAGUUCAAACGAUUCAUGGGCUUGGUUGCAAGAGAAUGAUUUGGCCGACAUUCCGCAGAAGAAUUCACCCAGUGAUAUGGCAUGGAAACUAUUGCAGCGACUCAUUCACGAUUAUGAAGAAGACGGGUUGACCACGUUACACAAAGCUGUUACAAAUAAAUUACUCGCACUGGGAGAAUUUCUACCACACUGGCUUUUCCUAUCGUAUCGCGAAAAAAACGCAUCCGAACUAUUGAAUUUGUAUGUCACACAUGGUCGACUGGUCGAAGCGACAAGUUUGGCUAAAGAAUACAUUGCCGCUAUGACAAAUACGGGCAGCGAAUAUUUUGGAUUGAAGAACUGCAUGCAAUCAACAUUACCGCCACUUUGUUUUCCAGUGAACACAAUCGAUUCAUUGUUACACAAUUUGAAAUUGAACAGUGAAGAAGAUGUUGAAUACGCACAAUGCCACAAUGAACUAUCGGACGUUGUUAAUAAUUACCUCAGCACGGCCGAACGAAUUUCAAUCGAUAAAAUCCAAUAUCUUGCAGCAAAUGCAACUCGCUAAUGUCUGCAUAUGAAUAGCAUCUAAGAUCAUUAAAAUACAUUAUUACUUAAGAUAAUUCGCUUGUUUUUCAUUCAAUUUUUGUAUUGCCAUCAAAUAAAUGAUAAAAAAAACAAGUUGUUUCGAAACUA